AUGAUUGGCUUCAGCUGUAACCGUUUGCUCCCUGAAAACCCCUUUUUAAUAUUUUCCCAUUUGUUUCUUUUUAAUUUCGUCUUCAAACGAGUACUAAUUUUGUCAAUCGAAAAUGAGACGAUCACAAGGACGGCGAUCGUCAAACACUUUGCCUAUUCGAACACUGUCAGGAGUAGUGGCCAAACAACCAGUAGCCAAUCUCUCCACUAGCAUGGCCAGCAGUGCCCAUAAAAGGUCUUCUUCUAUUCCAAGACCAUCUGCUUCAUCAGCGGUAUAUAUGAAACCGAUGUAUGGACAAAGACAAGAUCAGAGCUUAGCUGUUGGAGUGACUCCCUCAAAAUCUGGCCCAUUACGAUUUACAGGUACAACACCUCAAAUGGGAGGUACGACACCUCAAAGCCGUGGCAAUAUGACAUUAACUGGAGCUGCUAAGCCUUACCUAAAAGAGACGAGAAAUCUAAGUGAUAAAAACUGUGUUUUGGAAAUGGCUAAGAAUGUGGCUCGAUUCUUAAACGACAGUGGAUUUCCUGAAAGUGUGACUCACAAGGAGAUUCAAAAAAUCGACAAGCAAUCCUUUAUGAAAUACUUUAAUUACAUUUUCCAGUUCAUUGAUCACAACUACCAAUUAGCCCCUCGUUUCAAUGAGGAUGAACUGAUAAAGAAUAUGAAGGAUCUUGGCUAUUGUGGAACCUUGGCGAAGUCUGCUCUUGUCUCUAUCGGCGCAUUACAUUCGACUUCGCAAAUCGCUGGUCUUCUCAGUUGGUUAUGUGAUCUUAUCCGAGUGAUUAUGUCAGAACAGGACGAUGAUGAAUCGCUAGAAAAGGCGGAGUUAGUUAUCAUGACACAGUCAUACAACGCUUGGUGUAUGGAUGUAAAUUUUGAUUUGUCCGAUGAGUUCCGCCGUUUCUAUAUGGAGAAGCAUCAAGUCGAAGAGGGCCGCGCAGAAAUGCUUGAACAACAGAUAAAAGCCAUAACCGAAGAAUACAAGGCUAUCGAGAAAAAAAGCUCUCAGACCGAGGAAUUAAGAGCUGAGGCGAAAAAAGAAGAGCAAAGAUUGGAAGAGAUUUCUGCAAAAGAAGUUCAGAUGCAACAGCGCUGCAACGAGCUUCAGAAUGAAGAGAGACAUCUUGUCCAGCGUCUGGAAGAGAUUAAGGAGAAAACCGCUCUGACACAAAAAGAGAUUGUGGCAAUUCAUACUGCCGCGAAGAAUUGUAAAGUCAGCGCCGACGAGGCUCGUCGCAUCAAGUCUGCUAUCGCUGCCAAUAAGAGAGACUACGCUGCUGCCUCAGAGCAGCGCGAACAAGUGGCUAAACUCGUCGAGAAACGUGAAAUGCAGCUUGCCAAUAUCGCGGCUCAGGAUAUUAAAUUUGAUCGUGAGUUGAAUGUUGAUCUGAUGGAUAUGGGAAUGACUGUACCGGCAGGCAUGGAUCCUAAGGAAGCCCUGAAAAAUUUCCUGGAAGCCAAAAUAAGCAAUUUGUCGGAUAUCGAGAGUCGCUGCAUUGCCUUGAAUGAGAGAAAGGAGCGGAUUUUGGCGGAAAUCUCACAGUUUAAGAUGGAAUUGAAACACACCGAACUUGUGAAAUCUCGACUAGAAGAAAAACUUCAGUCGGUGAAAGCCGAUCGUGAUGAUAUGGAACGACUGUACCUUUCUCAGCUGGCUGAGCUGGAGAGUUUAUCCGCUGCUCCGCGUUCCGAUCCACUUCAAAUGCGUCAGCAGUACGAAUUAGAAACGCUUCAACAAAAAUUUGCAGAGCAAAAAGCUCAGAUGAACAACCAAGAAAAAGAAUUGCAAAGUACAAUGGCGAAACAUGCCCAAGAAUUAAAAUAUGGCGAAAUCGAAUUUCAGAAAAAUGAAGCUAUGGCUGCCGACUUCUUUUUCCGCUUAGGUGAUGGAUUCCGCCAGGUGCUAGAGCAGAUCGAAAACAGUCCCGUCUCACAGGAAGUUAUCGACGCUCUCAUUCCCAAACCUAAUUUCAAGUAAUUUCAAUAUACAUGUUUUAGUAAUUGCGAAACUCCGAUAUGAAAAGGAUGGUAAACAGA